UUUUAUUUUUCUUUCUGCGCAACGGAUCGUGGUUGGGCCGAUCUCUCCCCCUCCCUUCGCAAGCAAGCAAGAAAUCGUGGCUACCCGGUUCCAGAGUCUAGACAGGCUGUGGCCGGGGCAGGAAUGGACUCGUUGAUGAGGCGACUUACGGCAGUUCUUUGAUUUGGUCUCUUUUCCUUUUGUCACUUCCUGAGUCCUCUUUCGCCAGUGUCUCACUGGCAGCUAAUUCUUCUUACCCGUCUUCCAAUCCGUACCAGAUUCCGAUGAUGGACAUCAAUUCACUCCUUUCGCCGCAGGAUUCAAAUUCCCAGUCAGGGCGUUCGUCGCCCACCGUAGGCCCGACGGCGGUCAGCAACACAUCGAUACCGUCCACUGGACCCCCUCCAAAACCUCUGCGCAAGAAUCGCGCCGGUCAAACGAAACAGGGCAUGACCUCAUCUCCGCUUGCGCAACACGUAUUCGCUCCGCCGCACGUUUCAGAACCGUCGCCGCCAGCGAUAAGCCCGACAGUUGGUCCAAGCAUGAGUGGUGGCGGAACUCCCCCGGCAGCAGACUUACCUCCUCCUAGACAACCUUCCACCCCUGGAAUGGAUACCCUCGCCGACUUAGCUUCGAUGCAGCAUCAUCAACCUCAGCGCUCGAGUGCCCCGCUUCUCAGAAGCACCGAAUCUUACGAGAGUCAACUUUCUCCCUCGACGAUGUACCCCCAUGUCAGCUCCGUCUCCCACAAUACACCCACGCCGCGAUCGUCAUUCGAUAUCGCUAUGUCAGACGGCCCAAGGGAAGCCGCCCGACGAAACUACUUAGAUACGUCGUUAGUGCCCAAUGCUCAGCGACUCGCAACCGAGCUAUUUGCUCAAAUCCAAGAAAACCCCCAGUCUUACGACGCUCAUGUGAACUUCGUUCGCCUCCUUCAUGCGGGCUUCGUGAACCAUGUAUACCCGCCGAAUAACCCCGACAUCCACGGCGACCCUCGAAACUAUGACCUGCUUAAAGAUAUGCGGACCGCUCGUGAAGAGAUGGACAAGCUUUUUGCGAUGGGGGAAGAUCUUUGGGCUGAAUGGAUACAAGAUGAAAGCAUGCUCGCACAAACAGUUGACGAGCGCAUCGCGGUCAUGGAGCUCUGUCAGCGGUCGGUCGAGGAGGAAUAUGGCAGUACGAAGCUAUGGACCAUCUACGGUGAAUGGGUUCUAUAUCUCUACAAUUCUGCGCACGGCGAGGGUGGUCAACAUCAGUGGACAGAAGAGGAUCGCAUGAUCGGCCGCGAGGUCUUCUCCUGGCAGUCGGUUCUAGACGUCUGGCAGAGAGGUGCUGAAGCAACCCGGUGGAGGAUCCACGAUAGCCAUAUGGUCUGGGAUCGACUUCUCGACCUGCACGUGCAGGACACCGCUCGAAACCCGACUCAAGAAAAAAUCGGGCAUGUGCGAGGCCUAUUUGACAUUCGACUGCAGACACCUCAUGCCAACUGGGACCAGACCUUCCAAACGUUCUCGGGCUUUAUCUCCACCUAUUACAACGCAAAUUACGAAACCAUCAUGGCAGAUACUGCGGGCCGAUAUGCAACGGCUUGCAAAGAAAAGUAUUCCGCCCGCGAGGAGUUUGAAAUCAGACUCUGCAAGGCUGCCGAGUCGGGUAACCUUACUCAAGAGUGGACUAUAUUCACGGAGUAUAUCGAGUGGGAGGUCAUCAACAAUCGUCGGAAGCGUCAUACCAACUUCGAUUUGGUCAAUGCCGUCUACCAGCGUGCAGUUCUUCGAUUCCCGACCGAUACCAACAUGUGGGAGGACUUCGUUAUGUUUCUCAUUGAUGAAUCUAUGCAUGGUAAUGCAAACACCACGACUAUCUCCACCCUCGAUCGCGCAACACGGCACUGCCCGUGCUGCGGCACUCUUUGGUCUCAGUAUCUACUCAGUUCGGAACGGGAGGGACAGUCCUUCGCGAAGAUUGCAGACAUCAAACACAAGGCUACCAGCACUGGCCUUCUCGAUGCCGGCGGAAUGGAAGAGGUUCUCAAGGUACACACGGCCUGGUGUAGCUACCUCCGUCGCAGAGCUUUCAUGUCCGAUUCCACCGAUGAAGAUCUCGACGUCGCAGAGGUUGGAAUCCGUUCGGCCAUCGAAAGCGUUCAAGAGCUGGGUGAAAAGAAGUAUGGUCGAUCCUAUCAGGGCGACCCCCUGUUUCGCCUAGAGCGCAUCUACAUCCGUUAUCUAAGUGAAAGCGGCAGCUGGGAUAGCGCGCGGGAAACUUUUAAGGGACUUGUCGGCCGACGAGGCAACAGCUACGAGUUCUGGCUAACAUAUUACGAAUGGGAGUUGAUCUCGUGGAGCAAGUUCGUGCAAGGCGAGGCCACCGUUGAUGCCGCCCGCCGGACCCCUAACCCCAGUUAUGCGACCGCUGUGUUGAAACAAGCCAUCAAACGGACCGACUUGGAUUGGCCAGAGAAAAUCAUGCAAACCUAUAUCGCGCACUGCGAGGACUAUGAGGACUCAGAUGAAUUGCAACUGGCCAUUCUGGAAACUAGAAAGGCGAUGCGGGCUGUCACUACGCGACGAGAACGAGACGCGAGAGAACUAGCCGCCCAGCAAACACAGCAGCAGGCUGCCGUAGCCGAAGAGGCUCCGCACCCCGAAAAGAGGAAACGAGAGGAGGAAACUACUGCGAACGGCUUGCCUACUAAAAGGGCUCGCGGAGACGAGGACGCACCCUCUACGGAAGCAGAACCAGCAGCCCUCCGACGAGACCGUGAAAACGCCACAGUCGUGGUGAAAAACUUACCUCAUCAAAUCACCGAGCAUAAAGUCCGACAAUUUUUCCGUCAUUGCGGUACGAUAAACAGCGUCAAGAUGUUCCCGGGUGACGACGGGAACUCGGAAGUCGCGGUAAUCGAGUUCGAAUCCAAAGACGAAGCCCUUGUGGCCCAAACCCGCGAUCAGAAAUUAAUUGAUGAAAAUACCAUCGAGGUCCAGAUCGGGUUACCCUCAACAUUAUUCGUCACAAACUUUCCCCCGGAGGCAAAUGAAAAGUACAUCCGUGAUCUAUUCCGCGAAUGUGGCGAGAUUAUCGACGUUCGCUUCCCAUCUCUCAAAUACAACACACAUCGUCGCUUCUGUUACGUGCAGUUCAGGACUGCCCAGGCAGCCCAGAACGCCACGAAGUUAGAUGGGACUACUGUUGGUAAGCAUCUGAAACUCGUGGCUAAGAUCUCGGAUCCUUCUCGGAAACAGGACCGUCACGGUCCAAUCUACGAAGGGCGGGAGAUCCAUGUGUCGAACAUAGACUGGAAGGCCAGCGAGGCAGACCUCAAGGAGCUUUUCUCGCAGUAUGGCACUGUGGAACUGGUACGCAUACCCAAGAAGGUCGACGGUGGCAGCAAGGGUUUUGGCUACGUUGUCUUCUCAUCGAAGGAGGAAGCCACUGCUGCUCUUGCCAAGCACGAACAAGAGUAUCGUGGGCGGCCCCUUCACGUGAGAAUCUCCACUCCUCAGAGCUCCAAGCGCAACGCGACCACCAUCCUCUCUCGCGUUGGGAAAUCCCAGUCCCCUGCUGCCGAGAUGAAUGGCAACAAGGGGUCGACCGAUGCGGAUAUGCCAAGCAGCGACCGGACCGCCCGUACCCUGGGACUCAUGAAUAUUCCCGACACGGUGAACGACGCGCGCAUCCGAACCUUGGUCGAGCCGUACGGCAAGCUGAUUAAGAUUGUCCUCCGGCCCGAUCAUCAGGGGGCCAUUGUGGAGUUUGCCGAUGUCAAUCAUGCCGGUCGGGCUUCUUUGGAGCUUGAGGGCCAGGAGAUAAGCCCCGGACGCAAAUUGCAUGUGGGCACGGUGCCGGAGAUGCUGAAGCAGUCAGCUGAGACGAGAGAUGGCCCCACCCAGCCGAGCAAGCCGAAGGAGAAGCAAGGGGGCUUCCUCCCACCCACGGGACCGAUCAAGCGACCCCAGCAACCGGGUUCGCGCGGCGGCCGGCGAGGAGGACUCGGGAUGAAACGUGGCGGGGCCCCCUCUCACGGGGAGAGGCGCGCACACAAUGGAGAGAAUACGAUGACGACGACUAUGAUGACGACCGACAGCGCACCCUCCGCGGAAGGGGGGAAGACGAAAAAGAGCAACGAUGACUUCCGUGCGAUGAUCCAGCGGGGUCGAGAGAACUGAAGUUUGGCGCAAUGGAUUGCCCGGCAGGUUUGGCGUUCCUCUCCCCCAUUCGCUUGCCUUGUGGUCUUUUUUUUUUUUAUUCUAUUUUCUCCUGAUGAAAUGAAUUGAUUCCGCGAUAUCUGUCACACUUGGUCCCUGGUGGGUACCA